AUGGGUCAGUUCAAAAAUUUUAAAGAUUUAAGGUUACCUUCAGGGGGUCUGAACGAGGCUUUGGAGGUUCUGCUGCUAGGACAGUCGCUGGGUGAGGCUGUUCGGCAAGUUGCUGAAACGGUUUCACCCAGGUCGUCUGGCCGGCCUCCUCCUCUUUUUGUUCGGGCUCCUGAGAGGGUGCUGGCUCCAUAUAUGUUUCAAGACGUUGAGGGUUCUAACUUGUUCCAUUGCUCUUCAGAAUGUUUCGCUGAUUUCCCUGAAUGUGCAUGGUUGUAUCAAGCCUCACAUUCGGGUGUAGGUUUGCAACAUCCACUUGUUCCAUUGUCCUUCAGAAUGUCUAUCUAUGAUGGAACAGUGAAAAAUGUUCAAUACCUAUAUCCUGCGUGGCCUUGGUGGGAAGUACCAGUAUUAUGCGGAACCAAGGUCCACCGCGCCUUCUGCAUCGCAUUUGGGCAACCGAAUGCCGACCUAUGGAUGAAAUGUACGCUUCCUUGUUCUUUUAUGGCGAUUUCGGAACUCCCUGAUGUUGUUAACCUUGAGUCCCACAUUACGCCUGCCAACAUAACUAAAUACCUUUCUCGGAGGUUUCUGGAUACUCCUCUGUAUCUGAUUCGAGCACCUUACCCAAAUGAGAGGAUAGUCCUGCCUUAUCCUCCUCCUCCGGCUUCGGAAGUAAAAAUGGACGAGAUCAAGUUUCCCAAGAACUUUGUCCUAUCUCGGGACAAUAUUCAUGCAAUCUAUGACGCCUUUUCAGCUGGUCGUUCGGUAUCGGAAGCUGCUAUGGAAGUGGUUCAAGCGACUUCCUCCAAGAAGGUUAGCCGAUCUCCAGCCAGAGUGCCCUCUCAAGUUGCAAAGCCGAGCUCUCGCAGCUCCAAGUCAUCCAGGCCAUCUGGCCGUGGCGGACCGAGCUCAACUUUGGAGUCUGCUGAAGGGUCUAGGUCUGCUCCAGCCUCCUCAGAGGCCGUGAGAGAGGCUUCCUUGGUUAUUACGGAGCAGACUUCUGCUGUCGAGCAGGUGGAGCAGGGUACUGCCCACUCUCCUGAGAAGGUAUCUGGGGGUAAAGACAAGGAGGCCUCCGGGACGGGGUUGGAGAUUGUCCUUAUAGAGGACCGAACUCCAGAGGAUCUUACCCAAGAUGCCCCUGCCCCUGUGAGGACUGAACCUGGGGGUUCUGAGGGCGUUUCAGCAAAGACCGGGGAAAAGCGCCCAGCUUCUCAUAGAACGUCUGUCCCAUCUCCAGCUAGGAAGAAAUCCAGGGCUACUACAGGGUCUGCCCCGGCUCUUCUUUCCAUUGGGAAAGGAAAAAAUGCUGCUACCGAGCUUCCGUUACCUUCCUCUGGCAACGCUUUGAAAGCGUCGGACAUUACCUCUGAGUCUCCAGCCAGUGCUGUUGCUGACCUUCUCAGAGUGCAGAUGUUCGGCGGGGUUACACAAGCUUCGGAUCCCCGUCUUCUCGCCCUGACUGGUCUCUUAGCCAGUUCUACUGAGGAACAGGUGUCUUUCCGAUCUCGGUCUCGCGAAGAGCUCGGGAACACAAUCAGGGAGAUGUUACUGAUGAUGACGGGUCUUGUCACGGAGGUGGAUAUCCGUGAUCGUUCCUUCCGGGAGUCUGUAGUCCGCCGGAUUGAGGAGGCGCGUCAGGAGGAGAACAUAUCUGCAACUAAUGAUGCAAGAGGGAAUCUGGCUGCUGCUCGAGAACAAAUCCAGACCCUCCAGGCGGAGUUGAACUCUGCAUUGGAGGCCCUUAAAAAGGCUGAGGAGGAAAUAGCUGGUACAGCGAAGCAUACCUUGUCUUUAGAAAAUGAGCUGUCUCGGACUUGCAAAGUUCUCCAAGAGUCGGAUGAGAGGGCAACUGCCUUGGAGGCUCGCUGCAAAGGAGUUUCGGAGCAAUUGUCCUCUAUGGCGAAUGCCCUUCAGGAGAGGAAUGAGGCUUUGGGCCAAAAAGCGGAGGUCCAGCGCCUGUAUGAUGCCUUAAAGGCAGAUUUUGAUGGACUUCAAGCUCAUAUGAAGGAGGAGAAAACUCAGAAAGAGGCAGCCCUAGCUCGGGUGCAGGUCCUCGAGCAGGAGUUGAGUGCAAGUUCUGACCGUAUCAGAGAUCUGGCUUCUUCGGCUGAAGAAUUCAAACUUCGUCAUGAUCAACUUAACCAGGAAGUCAGGGCUUUGGAAUGCAAAGCUCAGCUGGUACGUGAGCAAUGCAUAGCGGAGUAUCAGGAGUCUGAUGAGCUGAAGGAGAAGAUCAUUCAGGCCGGUGAGUUGGCUGUUCAGAGCUACAAGGACUCUUCUGAGUUUAAGGAGUUUGUAGCUGAGGCCUGUGAAGCGCAUCUUGAUAAAUAUUUAGCUUCUGCUGAAAUGAAGAGGGCUAUUGUUAAUAAAGCCCUUCAUUUUUACUCAUCCGGCUAUAAUCGUGGUUUAAGAGAAGCUAGGCAGGCUCCUGAUAUCCCGUUGUCAGAGCUUCGCAAGCGGGAGGUAGAUUCAGAUGGCGAGCCGGUAAUGUAUGGAGAGGAUGAUUUCCCUAUGCCCCGGGGAGAUUGCCGUGUUGGUGGCCGGUCAACUGUGUCUUCCUCGGAUGAAGCCGAGCUGGAAGAAGAGGACGUGGAAGUCCUUGGGUCGGAGGAUGAUGACCCUGUUGCCGAGGAGGAGAACCCCAACCUUGGGUCAGAGAUUGCUCCUGCUGCUAAUGUUGAGAGCUCUGAUCCAAGGGAUACUGAGCUUCCUGCAGAUGUCACUGCAAAUAGGGAUAAUGUGGGCGAGGGAGUUUUAACUGAUGUAAGUCCUUUAAGGAGUAUCUAUCCUCCUACUUCGCCUGAGAGGUGAAUUGUAAUGUUUUGUUAAUUUUUCAUAUGCCUUGUAAUGUAUUUUUAUAAGUGCUGUAUUGACUUUUAGCUUUUAGCUAACAGUGUGAUCAAGUUCAUUGGUAAACUGACUUGGGCUUUGGAUGUAGCUUUUUUCUUCUUUAUUUAUGCCUUAGACGAGUUUAGUCUCGAUAUGAAGAGAAUAUUGGUUUUUUCGUUGGCCUUCAUGCCUUUGGGUUUUAAGGAUAUAUGUUUAUCCGAGCUGGAAGCCCGUCCUUCUGCCUCGGCUAAACCUUUAAUCAUUAGCAUGCAUUUUGAGUUCGGCACCCUUUUGCCGUCGUGUCCCCUGCCUCUUUAUGAGGUCGGAACAUGUUUUUUACUGGUAACUCUUGGUUCCUUAUUUCUACUUAGCCUCUAUUUUGAGGUCGUCGUUUACUUGCUGAGGUGCCCCGAGCUUUUCCUCGAGGU